UUAUCAUUAAUUAUUUCAGAGAGAAUGGCUGGAAACAUGAAGAAGGAGGAAAUGAAAAUGGAUAAUAUUGAGAUUAAAGAAGAGACCCAAGAAGAAAUCUUUCCAUCCUCUACUAUUGAGGAUACAUGUAAUACAUGUACUGUAGAGGAUACAUGUAUUGUUUAUAUGAAGGAAGAAGAUGUAAAAAUUGAAUCUCAAGAUCGAAACAUUGAAGAAGAUCCUCUGCUUUGGUCAGAAAGAACCAAAAAUUGGAAAUUAGAAGGAAGAAGAUUUCCUUGUGAUAAAUGUGAGUUCGUUUCAACUACUAAAUUUGAUCUAAAAAGACAUAUUGGUAAGAAACAUGAAGGAGUGAGGUAUCCCUGCAAUAAAUGUGAAUACGCUGCAACUGAAGCAAAAUCUCUGAAAGUUCAUAUCAAAAGUAAACAUGAAGGAGUGAAAUAUCCCUGUGAUAAAUGUGAUCACGUUGCGACGAACGCAAGUAAUUUAAGAACACAUAUGAAGAGUCAACAUGAAGGCGUGAAAUACCCUUGUGAAAAAUGUGAGUACACUACUACUUCAGCGUAUAAUCUUAAAUCACAUAUUAAGAUUAAACAUGAAGGAUUAAGAUAUCUUUGUGAUAAAUGUGAGUACUCAGCAACUACAGCAAGUCACCUUAAAGUUCACACUAAAUGUAAACAUGAAGAAGUGAAAUAUCCCUGUGAUAUCUGUGAGUACGUAGCAACUGUAGCGGGUUAUCUUAAAAGACAUAAAGAGAGUAAGCAUGGAGAAUUAAACUAUUUUUGUGAUAUAUGUGAGUACGUUUCAGCUACUAAACGGGAUCUAAAAAAACAUAUUGAGUAUGAACAUGAGGGAGUAAGAUAUCUCUGUGAUAAAUGUGAGUACGCAGCAAAGACAGCCGGUAAUCUUAAAGAGCAUAAAGAGAUAAAGCAUGAAGGACGGAGAUUUCACUGUGACAAAUGUGAGUAUUUUGCAACUACAGCAUCUAAUCUCAGAAAGCAUGUUGAAGGUAAACACGAAGGCUUGAGAUAUCCUUGCCAUGAAUGUGAGUACUCUGCAGCAAGAGUAAGCGAUCUUAAAAAGCAUAUUAAGCUUAAACAUGAAGGAUUAAGAUAUCCCUGUAAUAAAUGCGAGUUCUCUGCAGCUUCGGCAUUGUAUCUUAGAACACACAUUGAGAACAAACAUGAAGGAGUGAGUUAUCCCUGUACUCAAUGUGAGUUUAAAGGACCUUCACCAGUAAUUCUGAAAAGACAUAUUGAUAGUAAACAUGCUGGAGUAAGAAUAAGAUAUCCCUGCGAUAAAUGUGAACACGCUGCACAUACGGUAAGUGCUCUUAAAGUUCAUAUUGAGAGCAAACAUGAAGGAGUUAGAUAUCCGUGUAAUACAUGUGACUUCACUGCAACUCGAGCAAGUGAAGUAAAGGAACACAUAAAAAGAAAACAUGAAGGAGUUAAAUAUGCCUGCGAUAUAUGUGAGAAGACUUACUCUAUGGCUAGUAGUCUCAAAAACCAUAUUCAGACCCAACAUGAAGGAGUGAGAUAUCCUUGCACCAAAUGCAAUUAUGUUGCAUCUUCAGCUGGUAGUCUUAGAAGACACAAUGAGUGUGAACAUGAAGUAGUGAGAUAUCAAUGUGAUAAAUGUGAAUACGCUGCAAAACAAGCAUCUCAUCUUAAAAGGCACAUAGAGAGUUUACAUGAAGAAGUAAGAUAUCCAUGUAAUAAAUGUGAGUUCCUUGCAGCGGACACAAAUAGUUUAAACAAACAUAUCCAGAACAAACAUGAAGGAGUUAAAUAUCCUUGUGAUAAAUGUGACUAUGCUGCAACAAGUACAAGUAAUUUAAAAAGACAUAUUAUGAGUAAACAUGAAUGAUUGAGAUAUUCUUGUGAGAAAUGUGAGAACGCUGUUGCAACCAACUAUUCUCAGAAAUGAUGUUUAUCCUGGAAAGGUUUGAUAUUGAUGUAAUCAAUGUGAGUGUGCUGCAGCAAAAAAGGGAACUUACGAAGAUUAUAAAGGAAAACUUCAAUAUUUAUGAUUUUUUAGUUUGAAAUUAUUUUUAUCUUUUUUGUGUUAUACAGCAAUUUUUUCUCAUCUCACACUUUUCCAGA